AUGUACACGAUCUUUUUCAUUAUUUUACAGUUGUGUAUAAGCAGAGCUGGAGCAGGUCAAGGGAAUGGUACUACAGCUAACAUAAAGGAGAUAUUUACAGGUCGCUGUUUUGACUACUUAGAAUUCCGGUACUCGUCUGGUCUUCAAGGGAAGAACUGCACAGACCUGUUCCGGAUAUUUGAAAAGGAGUUCAACAAUAACACGAAAUGCAGCGAUGAUUUCUCUGGAAUGUUCACUGAUUUUUUUCAAGCUGUCGAUCAAGGUCCAACUUCGAAAGACAGGGCACUUUUCUGGUCUGGUACAAUGUCAGUGGCACACAGCAUUAGCAAAGUCAGCAAAGAUUACAUAACACUGGAAGACACAUUUCCUGGGUACAUUGCGAAUGACUUGAAUUUUUGUGGUGAGGACACAGUUGGUUUCAACUAUGCACAAUGCAGCUGCAAGUGGGACUCUUCACAGAAAAAAGUGUUUUGGCAAAAGGCUUCCACUCAGUUUGCUAAAAAUGCUAGAGGAAAUAUAAAUGUCUUGAUCAAUGGAACAAGGCAUGAUCAAAAUGCAGCAUAUCGGAAUACAAGCAUUUUUGCCACAGUGGAAUUGCCCAAUUUGAACCCAAGUGCUGUUACCUUGGUGAAAAUAUUGGUUGGAAUGGACUUAGAUAGGAAACCCAGGGAAACCUGUGGACAUAAGAGCAUAAAAAAGCUUCGCAAUGAUAUAGAAGCCAGAAACAUGACGGUACAAUGCAUUGAUGAACCAAGAAUAGUAUUUGACAUUCUCUGUACUAUUUACAAAAAUGAAAAUAGCUGCCGUAUGAUACAAAAGCUCCAAGUGAGGGAAAAAGGAAAGACAUGGAUGAUAGUCGCUUAUAGCUGCAUAGGGGCAUGUCUCAUUCUCUUGAUCAUCGUAGCUUGCACUUGCAACAGGUCAAGAAAGAGGAGAAAUGACUCCGAUGUACCAUAUUUAAGGUCUUGAAAAAGCACCCAAUAUUUGGCUUUUUUUAUUCAGGACACUGCAUGAAUUUACAGAUCAAAAUGAUGAUUAUAUAACACUUUUGUUGAGUAAAAAGUGAAAUCUGAUAUCCUUUAUUUAUUAUAACGGUAGUUUGGUGAUACAUAAUAACAUUGUAUUGCAACUC